GUAACAUCACCGAGUGAGCUGUUGUGACCCUGUGGCCCAACCAUCAUCUUGGGUGAACAGCUUGGCAGGAGCAAAGGGAAAUGACAUAGAGGCCUUAUGAAUACAUGCGUGCAUUCUUGAUUCAGACUUCAGACUUUACCAGGGCCAACCCAGUCUGGAAGCACAUCUUAAUUAACGUUACAAGGAAACUGCUACCUCAGCAAACAAAAAGCAAGUAGGAAAAGAUUUAUCAUCACCAAUGCCAAUUUUAAAGAAAACUUGUUUUUCAAAAACCUUACAGGAAAUUUGGAGACUUUUAGGAUUGAGGAGAAGCUUUAUAGGUAGAUGGAUUUGACAGGCAGGCUCUGUCAAAAUUCUGCAGAGGUUUGCCCUUUGUACUUAAGAACUUUGCGUGAAAUAACCCCUGUACUACUUUUUAAAUUGCUGUUGAUCAGCUUAUGGGUGUGGGGUUCUAAUGUUUUUUUGGUAUAUUAAAGAUUCAUUAUAUUGCAUUUUGAAAAGUUAAGUUAUUUUUCUGCCAUUGUAAAUAUGACUAUGGAAACUAUUCUUGCAAAACAAUUAAACAUUUUUCUCAGCAAGCAUAUCUUUUUAUGAAGAGAGUUAGAAUGCUACAGUACUUACACAGCAUUUUGGACACUUUUUAUUUUUUAUUUUUAUUUUUUGGUCCAGCGAUCCUGCCUCCAUUGAAAAUAGUAAUUGUAUGACCCUGUUGUCCUUAUCUCUAUGUUGGCUCACACGGUCACCUGCCUCAUGGAAAUGCCUUUUUUUAAAUGGAGAUUUGCAGAACUCUACUAUUUUUAUACCUGUCUACAGUUUUGACAGACAGUAAUUAAAACUCCAAACCCUCACACCCACCUGCAGUUCCUGGCACAGUUGCCCCUACCCGCAUGUAUUGCUGCAGUGCUCAGGACAGUAAAAUGGACCACAAGCGGCGCUUCCUGCUUGGCGGGUCCAAGCAGAAGGUGCAGCAGCAUCAGCAGUACCCGCUGCCAGAGCUGGGCCGGGCACUGAGUGCUCCCCUGGCAUCUACAGCCACCGCUGCCCCCCUGGGCAGUUUGACCACUGCAGGCAGCUGCCACCAUGCCAUGCCCCACUCCACUCCUAUCGCUGACAUCCAGCAGGGCAUCUCCAAGUACCUGGAUGCCCUCAACGUCUUCUGCCGUGCCAGUACCUUCCUCACAGAUCUCUUCAGCACCGUGUUCAGGAACUCUCCCUAUUCUAAGGCAGCCGUGCAGCUCCGAGAUGUACAGGAACAUGUCAUGGAGGCAGCCAGCCGGCUGACCUCAGCCAUAAAGCCCGAGAUCGCCAAGAUGCUCAUGGAGCUUAGUGCCGGGGCUGCAAACUUCACAGAUCAGAAGGAGUUCAGUCUGCAGGACAUUGAGGUGCUGGGACGAUGUUUCUUGACAGUGGUGCAAGUUCAUUUCCAGUUUUUAACUCACGCAUUGCAGAAGGUCCAGCCUGUAGCUCACUCUUGUUUUGCUGAGGUGGUUGUGCCAGAGAAAAAGAACAGUAGCAGUGGUAGCAACUUGUCUGGCAUGGGCCACACUCCCGAACUGGAGGAAGCUGUGCGAUCCUGGCGGGGGGCUGCUGAGGCGACAUCUAGACUGAGAGAAAGAGGCUGUGAUGGCCGCCUGGCAGGAAUUGAAGUCCAGCAGCUCUUUUGUUCCCAGAGUGCAGCUAUUCCCGAACACCAGCUGAAGGAACUGAACAUAAAAAUUGACAGCGCUUUGCAGGCAUAUAAAAUAGCUCUGGAAAGUUUAGGCCACUGUGAAUACGCAAUGAAAGCUGGCUUCCACCUGAACCCAAAGGCAAUUGAGGCAAGUUUGCAGGGCUGCUGCAGCGAGGUGGAAGCCCAGCAGACAGGCCGGAGACAGACUCCCCCUCAGCCAAUGCAGUGUGAGCUUCCCACUGUCCCCGUGCAGAUAGGACCACACUUCCUGAAGGGCGUCUCCUUUAACGAGUCAGCGGCCGACAAUCUGAAACUGAAGACGCACACAAUGUUACAGCUGAUCAAGGAAGCAGGCUGCUACAAUGGAAUCACAGCCAGAGAAGAUUUUCCUGUCACAGAAGUGCUGAACCAGGUGUGCCCAUCCACAUGGCGGGGUGCCUGCAAGACGGCUGUGCAGCUGCUGUUUGGCCAGGCAGGACUGGUUGUAGUUGACACAGCACAGAUUGAAAAUAAAGAAGCCUACGCCCCCCAGAUCAGUUUAGAAGGCUCCAGAAUUGUGGUUCAAGUCCCAUCCACAUGGUGCCUGAAGGAAGACCCCGCUACCAUGUCCCUGCUGCAGAGAAGCCUUGAUCCUGAGAAGACCCUGGGCCUGGUGGAUGUGCUCUACACAGCUGUACUGGACCUAAACCGCUGGAGGGCAGGCAGGGAACAAGCUUUACCCUGCAUACAGAUCCAACUCCAAAGGGAGGUAUGUGACUUUGGGAAUCCGGCUGAUCUGCCUUCUGGAAACGGCACCAAAUCUUCAGGCGGUCUUCAGAAGACAUUCUCCAAACUAACCUCCCGGUUCACCAAGAAAGCUUCCUGUUCUGGGUCAAGCAGCAGCACAAAUUAUUCCAUCCCAAGCACCCCUUCCAAAAACAUCUUCAUAGCUGGCUGUUCAGAAGAGAAGGCCAAAAUGCCUGGCAACAUAGACACACGGUUACAGAGCAUUCUGAACAUCGGCAGUUUCCCUAGGACCCCAGACCCUUCCCAGUCAGCUCAGAAUUCCAGUAAUCCAAUGGCCAAUGGUUUUCUUCUGGAGAGGCGGGAGAACUUGCUGCCCGGGGAAGAUGGCAAGGACGAGAAGGGCAUGAACUUACCAACCGAUCAGGAGAUGCAAGAGGUGAUUGAUUUCCUCUCUGGCUUUAACAUGGGCCAGUCACAUCAGGGUUCCCCGUUGGUGACCAGGCGUAAUUCUGCUGCCACAGCCUUGGUGACUGAACAGAAGGCCGGAGUUUCGCAGCCACAGCAGCCAUCACUGCCAGUGCCCCCUCCUCCACGCCCCCCCCAGGCUGGGGCCCACACACCUCUGACAUCCCAACCGAGUCUGGCCCCUCAGCAGCAGUCUCCAAAGCAACAACCACCCCAGGUGCAAUACUACCAACACCUGCUCCAACCCAUUGGACCACAGCAGCCCCCACCCCAGCCUCGGGCACCUGGGAAAUGGGUCCAUGGCUCCUCCCAGCAGCCGACACAGCCAGUGGGAGCAGGUCUUUCUCCUCUGGGCCAGUGGCCAGGCAUAUCUGAUCUCAGUUCAGACUUGUACAGCCUGGGUCUCGUGAGCAGCUAUAUGGACAAUGUGAUGUCAGAGGUUCUGGGACAGAAGCCACAAGGACCUAGAAACAACACCUGGCCAAACAGGGACCAAAGUGAUGGAGUCUUUGGAAUGCUGGGAGAGAUUCUGCCUUUUGAUCCUGCAGUGGGUUCAGACCCAGAGUUUGCACGCUACGUGGCAGGAGUGAGCCAGGCAAUGCAGCAGAAGCGGCAUUCCCAACAUGGUCGCCGACCAGGCCACACCCGAGGCAACUGGCCACCCAUGGAGGAUGCCCACCGGACCUGGCCUCUUCCAGAGUUCUUCACAGAAGGAGAUGGCCUUCACAGUGGCUGGUCAGGUGCUCAAGGAGACUCAGCCAGUUCCAGUGACGAGACAUCUUCAGCCAACGGGGACAGCCUGUUCUCCAUGUUUUCGGGGCCUGACCUUGUGGCUGCAGUCAAGCAGAGAAGGAAACAUAGUAGUGGAGAGCAGGACACCAGCACGCUGCCCUCGCCACCUCUCCUUCCCACCGUGGAGGACAUGAACCAGGAGAACAAAACCAAAACAUGGCCACCCAAAGCACCCUGGCAGCAUCCUUCCCCACUGCCCAGCACGCUGCCCAGCCCUGGCACAUCCCUCUAUGCUGUCGCCAGCCCCAGCAGCCAGUGGAACGACACCAUGCAGAUGCUGCAGUCCCCCGUGUGGGCGGCAACUACUGACUGCAGUGCCACUUCCUAUACCUACGUGCAGACGCCGACACCGCAGCCCCCAGCCCCAAACCCACCACACAAGGCGGCACCCAAGGCCUUUAAGGCCUUCCCUGGCAAGGCUGAGCGCAGGCCAGCCUACCUGCCCCAGUACUGACCAGGGCAAGCCUACCUGUCGGCCGGAGCUGGAGUGGUGAGCGCCCCUGCACCUAGGCUGACACCAACCUCCUCCUGCUCCCCCAGAGGACCAGUGCACCCCGAUCCCAGGGAGAGGAAUAUUCCUUGGGGGCAGGGGCAGUUGGCAGCUCAGUCCUGUUUCUCAAGACUUUGAAAGGCAGCAGACCCAGGAGAACCAGCUGAAGAAGGAGAGUCUGAUGCUCAGGGGAUUUGCUGGGUAAUCUGCAUGCUUAGUAAGCACCUCAGGUGGUUGGGAUGCCACAUUUGGAGAACAGGUGUCUGAGAGGGUUAAUAAGAACAAAACUGACCAUUCUUCUGGAAGCCUCUCUUCCCUCCUUCACACACUGGGUGGUGACUACACCAAUCACUGACUUCAUAGCUGUUUUUCACAUAGGCUUUGGUUCAAACCUCUCCUGCCUGAAACACCCAUGGGUCUUUUAACAUACCAGAUAUACUGGCUGGAAGUUUGCUCUCAACACUAAUUUUAUUUAACUUCAUACACAGUGGGAUAAAUAUAGACUCCUUGUGAUCAGAAGCAGCCACCUGGGUCUUCUGGGGCUUAGUUAGCAUGUCUCACCCUGCAGUCUUCACCAGAUUCUCAGAGGCAAGACAGGAAAGCUGAUGUUUGACGGUGUACUCCUGAUGGGGCACAGAGAUGAGCUGCUGUCCACAGAGACUGCACCUGCCACCCUCACAUCCUUCCACCCGUGGCCAAAGGGGUGGGUACAGUCCCAGAUGGGGAGCUAUGGGAAAGGGGCUGCAGGGGUGCGUGCGCGCGCACACACACACACACACACACACACACACACACAGGGACAUUGUGAGCUGACUCAGAAGACAAACCAAUUAUGAUGUAGACAGCAAUUAAAGUCUUUAAAACACAAAAUAAAACACAAACCACAUUUCCAGUUAACAUGUGCCAUUAAAUAGAUAAUAUCCUUUGGGUUUAGGAUAUUUUCCAGCCAGGAUGGAUCCAGAAGAAUUGAAUGGUGCUUAAAUUGAAAAAUAAUAAAUAUAUAUCUAUAUUGACUAUAGACAUCCCACUGUAUUAUUAGUUGAGGUUGCAGAAAGUUCUUUAUAUAAAUCUUAUUUAAAUUUUUUUCAUAUUUCACCUUUGAAAAACGUCUAAUUGAGAAAAAUCCAUGAUAUUUUCUGGUAUGAAAGUUUGACAGUAUUAAUAUUUUUUUUAUAUUUUCUUAAAUCAUUAAACCAUUUUAAUAUAUGUUUAACUACUAAUAAAUGGUUUAUUCUUUCUAACUCCAUUACAAGCUUUUCCAACAAAGAUUUAAUAACAUUUAUGUUCUCAUUUUUCUACAGAUAGUAAAUUUAUAUUUAAAAAUACCAAAAAGAAUAUAUGUAUGUAUACACAUCACAUGCACACACAUGCAUGCACACACACAGACACACACACACACAAAUCCUAGAAGACCCAUAGGGCUUCUGUGCCCAGCCACUGAGAUUUUCGUAUGGUGUUGUCUUUGCCAUGUGCGGACACAUUGCUACGAUCCUUCACCCACCAUGGGUUCCAUUCACCUCACCAUGUUUACAGAGAACUGUUUUGUACAUAGAGUUUUUCAGGCACGUGUUUUGCACCAACCCUGCGUGGCUCUUGUCUGUGUUAGUUGUCACAGUAUGCACACUAAUCUCUGUUAAAAGUUCCUCGUGGCUGGUUUUUUUCCUUGUAAGAUAGUUUUUUCUAUCUCCUUCAGUAAUGUGUUUCUUCCAGUUCUGUUAGACAGAAGUACUCUGGUUUUAACAGUGCCUCCCCAGACACCUCACCCUGGACACACGUCAGUCCUCUGUGCCCCCCCUGCCCCUCCCUCCAGCACAGGCGACACGUCUAAUUGUCACCUUCCCAUUUGUUUUUGUUUUCUCCCCUCCCCACCUCCUAGUAAGGAAGACACUUUGUGUACUUGCAUCUCCAUAGCUGAGACUGUGGGGCACUGUUUGUGUAGUCUCUGUGCGGGUGCUGUGUUCCUAGCCCUGCCUGCUCUGAACACUGGUGAUUCCAGGUGCUGCGCUCGGCAGAGAGGUCUUGCCAAAGCGCGCGCGUGUGUGUGUGUGUGUGUGUGUGAGUGUGAGUGUGUCUGUGUGUGUGUGUGUGUCCUCUGCAUGACUGAGCAGACAUGGCUGCCUUGCUCAGACAUCUGCAGGACUUUGGGUGAAGAGUUACUAUGCUUCCAAACUGGAACUCUACAUUUUGUAUCUUACUUUGAAAGCUCCUAUAAAUAAAAUAACU